CCAACAAUGUUGCCACACUCUGAAUAACAAGAUGAAUAAGUAACAAGACCAUGGUGCCUCCUGAUAUGAUAGACAAGUGAUGUUUUUGCACCGGUUCGUCCUCGUUCUCCUCGCAUGGUCAGUUGUCGGGCACCGAGGCCCGGUCGACCUGCCACCAGAAUUCUACUUCACGGGAGUGGAAGAAGAUUUUGGCAACACUGUUGCGAGUGCCGGUAACAAUGGCGUUGACCUGCUUCAAGGAAGGAGCGAUGGAGAAGCUAAGGAAAGGAGCACACCAGCAUCUCGAGGAGGAGGGGCAAAGAAGGAGAAGACCAGAACUAGCGCAUUGAUGGAGAAGCGAACUUUUAUUAGUGCAAAGGUGAAGAACAGCAAUACUGCAGGAGAAGGGCACAGUAAUGAUGGAGAAGAGAAGCAAAAUGCUGGAGCAAAGAAGGAAGACGCCAGUACUCGAGCAGUCGCUUCAACGUCAGCCUCGAAGAUUGGCAAUGCAGCGACGGCGAAAGAGAAGCAUACGAAGAUUGCUUUCUUAGAUCUCCGUGAUGGUCCGGCAAACGUUGGGAGUUAUGGACCAAAGUUGAAUAGUGAAAUAAGUCUUUGCUCUUCUUGCUGAAAUUUUUUUCUUAAGACUGCUUCAGAAGGUGUAGAUGGAUGUUCUUUCAUCAUUUCUCGUCCACGAUGCCCUUUCACUUCCCCACUCCCCUUCGCUCCAACAUCUCCUUUCAUGCCCUCACUGAAGAAGCACUCCAAUCCGAAGCAAUCUUCCAGAAUCUGACGGCUGCGACACGCCAGAAGCUGGGCAAUCUCAAGCGGGAGCUUGAGCAAGAGAGGAGCGAUCUUUCGAAUACUUUGCGCAGAUGUAAAACUGACGCAGCGUCUCAUCGUGCGGAGAUGGACCGUGGAUGGAGUCGUUUACGG